AUGGAGCGGCUAGCACUUUUGAUCCAGAAAAGAGUGAAUGAGGGUUCUUGGCACCCUAUCUGUAUCACGAAGGAAGGUAUUGGCAUCUCUCACCUUUUCUUUGCUGAUGAUGUUCUGCUCUUUUGCCAGGCGAAGAAGUCUCAAAUGAAGGUUGUUGCCGAUACACUUAGAGACUUUUGUGAUACUUCUGGUAUGCGAGUUAACUUGGAUAAGUCAAGAAUGUUCUGUACCAAAACUAUUGCUCCAACAGUCCAGGAUGAGCUGUCUUCUCUUUUAGGCAUCAAAAGAGCGGCUAACCUUGGGAAAUAUCUUGGUAUCUCUCUCUUGAAAGGGAGAGUGACACGAGACCUCUUCCUCCCCAUCAUGGAGAAAAUUAGUGCAAGGCUUGCAUCAUGGAAGACUCGCAUGCUAAAUAGAGCCGGUAAGCUUUGUCUAGCUAAGUCUGUGCUCACUUCCAUUCCCGUUUAUACAAUGCAAUCCUUAUGGCUUCCCCAAACGAUGUGUGACUUUAUGGACAAGAAGAUCCGCAGUUGCUUAUGGGCGAAGAGUACGAGUGAUAGAGGCUGGAGUUUGGUACCUUGGCACGCGGUCACUCAACCUAAGGAGGAGGGAGGCCUAGGGUUGAGGUCUGCGAGGUUGAAUAAUAUUGCGAUGCUAGGAACUUUGGUGGAUAAUUUGCUACAUGAUGGAACCAAGCCAUGGGUUCGAGCAAUCUCAGAAAAAUAUCUCAAAACUGAUGGUGUACUACAGGGGAAGUAUAGAAGUGGGGACUCUUAUGUUUGGAAGAGUAUUGUUAGGGCCAUGGACCAUGUGGGUGGCGGGUUUCAGCCUUUUCUUGGAGAUGGUCUCUCUUCUGUGUGGUAUGCAAACUGGCUGGGCACGGGACGUCUUUGUGACCGUGUUCCGUUCGUUAAUAUUGCAGACACGCACCUCAAAGUCGCUGACUUAUGGCAUGGAGGUGCUUGGAACUUAGCAGUGCUAUACACCGUGCUACCGCCACAGAUCAUUGAGGAGAUUGUGCGUAUUCGAGUGCCUUUCACCAACUCUCACCCUGAUUCUAUACAAUGGACACACACAGCAGAUGCCAAUGCAGCAUGCUCUAGAUGUAAUGCUGACGUUGAAGACCUUGAUCACUUGUUUCGGGGUUGCCCGAACUCGAGAGACUUGUGGCACAGCUUCAGGAGGGCGCUGCCGGCCACCAAUGCUACUUUGGAGUUUAGUCCUUGGCUUGCUCAGUUACUGUCUCACCGCCAUGCUAGCCUGGCUAUCGCGGUGUUAUGGUGGUGUUGGCGAUGGAGAAACCAGAGAAUUUUCGCUACUCAGGACUUCACUCUGAACCAGGUGCUGCGUUUCAUUCUCCGGGAUGAGGCUCUCCGGCGUAAUACUCUUCAGUUUUCAAUGCAGAAUGAUCACCUGGGAAGUAUGGGGACUACGACUUCUGUGACUAUCUUCGUUGAUGGCAGUUGGAACCCUAUAGUGGGCAGAAUGGGAUGUGCAGCAGUAGUAAGGGACUCUCGUGGUGCUUGGUUGUCUGCAACCUCCGUAAGCUACAGCUAUGGCUCAGCAUUUCUUGCUGAAAUUCUAGCGGUGGAAUUGGGACUCCGUCAUGCACUCGACAUUGGGCACAAAUCUGUCUCUUGUUUAUCUGAUUGUUCGCAGGCACUGCAAGCUUUGCACGCAGGCACCAACAUAACUAGCUAUUGGAACAGGGAGGAAAUAUGUCGCGUCCGCGACAUCAUAGCUACUUUACAGGAUGUCAGGUUGCAACAGAUUGAUCGAGUCAAGAAUAACACUGCGGACAAGUUAGCUCGGGAAGCUGGUCGUCUAGGUUCUCCCGUCCAAGUUUGGAAGCACCCACCUUCCUUUGUUUAUGACUCUUUGUUUUUAGAUGCGCAUAAAGAUGUUACUGAGGUAAAAAAAUAUGUGGUUUCUAUAUUUAAACAUUUGUGGUCCAGUGAUCCCUAUGAGGAUCCGUGGGACCUGUGGGGAGGUGGGGUUCACCUCGCCACGGGGAUAGGGAGUGGGGAUGGGGACAGAGAAGGGAUACGGAUGGGGAGUGGAGAGGCAUUCCCCGUCCCCACCCCGAUUGCACCAAUAGCAUGUUCACCAUGUUCAUCCACAAUUAACCCGGUUCCAUUGCGUAAACCUGCUGCUUGGUCAAUAUUUCUCAAAAACAUGAUUGGAGAACCUACUUUUAAUAAUAGUUUGUGGUUAGGGAUUCCUGAACUUUUGGUGUCGUUCAAAAAUUCUAUGGUAAACCACUCACCUCAGAUUUCAGAAUCCUCAUCUGAUCGCAAGGCAGAGUCGGAGCUCAAAUAUUCAUGUUAUGGUGCAACUCCCAUGCCAAGCAUGUAA